AUGAAAACGUAUGCAUUAGACAAAUCAAGUUAUUUGUCAAGAAUCGAGCGCCAUUUACAGGAAAAUGAGAGAGAAGUCGCACAGUUGAAAGAAGAAGUAAAUGAUAUCCGAUCUAGAUCUUAUGAUUUACUGUCUGACUGCCCGCAUGACAAGACGAAUGCUGUCAAAAAUCUUGAGGAACAAAUAGAAAAUUUAAGAGAAGAACUGAAAUAUGAGUCGAUGCUUCGCUCAAGAAUUGAAGAAGAGCUGAAUGUUUCUCUGAACGAAAUAAGAUUUUACCGCACGUCUACUGCAGAUGAAAUUGCAUACCAGAAAGAAAGCAAGAUGGGGUUGUGGUAUGAAGAGUUUACAACCAACCUUUUGAAUGACUUAAGAGCUCUAAUAAACACUUAUUUGUCAGCAUCAUCGGACGAACAAACAAAUGUGAAGGAAAUCAUCUUUCAGAGAAAACAAUCCAAUGAACCAUUGAUCGGUUUUGGGAAGUUGCGAGAAAUUGCCAAUGACUUCAAGAUUGAAGUGGCCGAAAUUUGUAUGCGCAGUGAAAAUGCUAUUAAAUCACUAGCUGAAUUAGAACAUAAGCACUCUGUACUUCAAAAACAAUACAAUGGAUCACACCAGUUGACUGAAGAUGCAUUAAAUAAGGUGGCUGAGUUAAUAUCCCUGAGCGAAACACUAACCAAAGAACGUGAUGAAGCAAUAGAAUGUAAAGAAAAUGCUGAAAGUGAACUUCAACAGCUUCGACUUGUAAUCGAUAAAUUAGUUGAUGAAUCUGGUCAACGUACGCGUGAAGAAGUGGAUAAGGUACGCUUGAAAGCAAAUGAAACUAUUGAAAAAUUAUUGAGUGAGUUACAUCACAUGGAAAAGGAACGUUGUCAAUUGGCUAUUCAAUUAGAAUGCUGUAAAUCAAACACUUUUGGUGAUCAUGUCAAUGGAAUAAAUAAUUUGGAUGAUUCCCAAUUAGAUUCUACUAGAAAACGUGCUAUAGAAGCUGAAAAAUCCUGUGAUGAAUUGAAAAUACAGUUGGAAGCAGAACGAAGCACUAAAGAACGGUUAAUUGCAUCGAAACAGAGUGAAAUCGAAUUAUUGAAUGAAAAGAAUAAAUUGCUUAUGGAAAGCUUGGAGCAGGCUGAAUCACAAUUUAAACAAAAUCAAGAUUCUUUUCAAAGAGAAAAUAAAGCCUUAUUGUAUGCAGAUAUUAAAUUAAACAAUUUAAAAAGGCAACUGGAAUCUGUACAAAAAAAUGCCCAACAUCAAAUUCAUUUAGUUAAACAGUCUAUGAAAAUUCAAGAAGCUGAAUAUAAAUUUAAAAUUGAAACACUAGAAAAAGUAAAUCAGCUAAGUGAUGAAAAAUGGCGCAAUUUAUUAGAUAAACAGCAGAAAUUAUCAUUACAAUGGAGAAAAGAGGCAGAGGAGUUGGCUAAUCAGCUUGAAGAACAAGCCAAUGCAUUUAGAAGAGAAAUGGAAAAAUAUCACAGGAAAUGA